AUGCGCCACAUUUCCUGCGUUUCAACCCAUCUCUUGUUAUGGAUAACGCCUUGUUAUAAGACGAGCAAACCCGUACGAAAAGCUUUUAUGCGCACCCUAGGCGUGGAGCUGAUGACUUGUCGAGAGGUUCUACCCAUUUUUUUUGUCAAUUGUCGUCGACAUUACACGCCACCCCAACCCCCGCAAUCUUCAAAAGGAUUCACCUGCCGUGUGGAUGAUCUUUUAGCCGGCAUGCACCAUACGACUAGCCCAGGUAAACACCAUCCCAGCCGACAGAAAAAAUCGGGGGCGGAUGCCGAAAAAGCAAGGUCCUCAUUCGCAUUGACAUCCCCCGCCCGGGUGCCCGUAGAGGAUUUGUUCAAGGGUGAAAAAGACGGGGCCGAGGCUUUACACGAGGACUCGGACAUCCUCAACUGCACGGAUGAUUCCUCAAAGGGACGUCGGCCACACCAUUUAGAAUCGGGGAUGUGGGAUGUCGAGUCCGCCGAGCACGAGGCGGCGUUUUACGGCGCGGCCCUCGAUUCCGUGGCGUCGAGGGAUGCGGGUGGGAGGGCCGCCUCGGUGGAUCCCAAUUCUGCCUCGGUGCUCUCCCAAUACGAUGUGCGGGAGGUCUAUAAAGGGCUAAAGUCAACGCCCAUUUCGCCCGAUUAUUCAUUUGUUGAUGGCGAGAUUGAAUUUAGCGGUGGUGAGGCGGUUUUGGAUGGGUUAGACGGUGAGCCGGACGUCCCGGCGCCCAUUACCGAGGUGCUUGAAAGCGAAGCACCCAUGAGCGCUGACAAUAGGGGUGAUUUAUUCACAGAACUAUCCACAUUGCCCUUUGUGAACUUGGCGUUUUCUGACGACGAUACCGAUAGCUACGAGGAUGAAAAUAUCUUUGAACCGGACGAUACCGAUUCUGAGGGGAACCUGGAUGUUCUGGCGGACAGCGAGGAAGAACUUGCUCAAUACUUCUUCCAAGAGCAGGACCCAACCCAACAUACCCCUUUGACAUCCAAUGAGGAAUCCAGUGCGAGUACGGAGGGGAUUGAUAGAACGUGUGAUAGAAAUGCAACUGUGAGCGAUGAUGAGUUUCGCCCUUUAAAAGGGAAUUUGACGAAUCUUCACGAAGUAGCCUCUUCCUUUUCUUUGAACCCUCCUGAACAGAACUCCGAGGAUGGUCUGCCUUUGUCGGAGGCGUUUGAUGAUGUUGCGGCACAACUAGCAGAGCUACGGUCUAUGGGCGAGAGUCUACCUUCAACAAUUCGAUAA